UGAGGGCGCAUGCGCACUGCCUCGCGAGCGGCGAAAGCUGUUUUUCCUCGUUCGCUGAUUCGAGACGGAGGAGAGCCUUCCUUCCCUCCUUUUUCCCCCCCUCCUCCUCCCUCUUCUCCUCUUGCCGGCGAUGUGGUCGCGCGCGGCGUCGGUCGUGACCCCGGGGUCCCUCGCGCGGGGUUGAGCGCCGGGCCGCGAGUGGGGCGCGCCAAGAUGGCGUGUGUGCUGGAGGCGCCGCUCCGCAUGAGCGUCCUGUCGGAAGUCACAGCUAGUAGUCGCCAUUAUGUUGACAGAUUAUUUGAUCCUGAUCCCCAGAAAGUCCUCCAGGGUGUCAUAGAUAUGAAAAAUGCUGUAAUUGGAAACAACAAACAAAAAGCCAACUUGAUUGUUUUGGGAGCGGUUCCAAGGUUGCUCUAUUUGCUUCAGCAAGAGACCUCCAGCACUGAGCUGAAAACCGAGUGUGCAGUGGUGCUAGGAAGCCUUGCAAUGGGUACAGAAAACAACGUUAAAUCUCUACUGGACUGCCAUAUCAUACCAGCCUUACUACAGGGGUUACUGUCACCAGAUCUUAAAUUUAUUGAAGCUUGCCUCAGGUGUCUUCGCACCAUUUUCACCAGCCCUGUAACUCCUGAAGAACUAUUGUACACGGAUGCUACAGUUAUUCCGCACCUCAUGGCACUGCUCAGUAGGUCUCGAUAUACUCAAGAAUACAUAUGUCAGAUCUUCUCACAUUGCUGCAAACUCCGACACUGGCAUAGCUGCGGCUUUAAAUCUUCGCCUCAGCCACUUCUAUGUGCCAAUGGUCCAGACCACCAGACAGUCCUGUUUAACCAUGGAGCAGUACAGAAUAUUGCUCAUCUAUUAACUUCUCCAUCUUAUAAAGUUCAGAUGCAAGCACUGAAGUGCUUUGCAGUUUUAGCCUUUGAAAACCCUCAAGUAUCUAUGACUCUUGUAAAUGUGAUGGUUGAUGGAGAAUUAUUACCACAAAUAUUUGUGAAGAUGUUACAACGAGACAAACCUAUUGAAAUGCAGCUCACAUCAGCCAAAUGCCUUACUUAUAUGUGCAGAGCUGGAGCAAUCCACACUGAUGAUACCUGUAUUAUAUUAAAGACACUGCCAUGUUUGGCAAGAAUGUGUAGUAAAGAGAGACUAUUGGAAGAGAGAGUAGAUGGAGCAGAAACCCUUGCCUAUUUGAUUGAAGCAGAUAUUGAGCUGCAAAGAAUUGCCAGUAUUACUGACCACCUUAUUGCAAUGCUUGCAGACUACUUCAAGUAUCCCAGUUCAGUGAGUGCCAUCACUGACAUAAAAAGACUUGAUCAUGACUUGAAGCAUGCGCAUGAACUCCGUCAGGCUGCAUUCAAGCUCUAUGCUGCACUUGGAGCAAAUGAUGAAGAUAUACGAAAAAAGAUAAUUGAAACUGAAAAUAUGAUGGAUCGGAUUGUGAAUGGUUUGUCUGAAUCUAGCAUCAAGGUGCGCUUAGCAGCAGUCAGGUGUUUGCAUAGUUUGUCAAGAUCUGUGCAACAACUCCGAACAAGUUUCCAAGACCAUGCUGUAUGGAAACCUUUAAUGAAGGUAUUACAGAAUGCUCCAGAUGAAAUCUUAGUGGUAGCAUCUUCCACUCUAUGCAAUCUCCUCUUAGAAUUUUCUCCAAGCAAAGAGCCUAUUUUAGAAUCCGGAGCCAUAGAACUUCUCUGCAGUUUAACCCAGAGUGACAAUCUUGCCUUGCGAGUGAAUGGAGUUUGGGCUUUAAUGAAUAUGGCAUUUCAAGCAGAACAGAAGAUCAAAGCAGACAUUUUACGAGGUUUGAGUACAGAACAGUUGUUCCAGUUGCUCUCUGAUUCUGAUGUAAAUGUGCUAAUGAAGACUUUGGGACUACUUAGAAACCUUUUAUCAACUCGUCCUCAUAUAGAUCAGAUAAUAAGUACUCAUGGGAAACAAAUAAUGCAAGCCGUGACGCUCAUCCUGGAAGGAGAGCAUAAUGUAGAAGUAAAAGAACAGACUUUAUGUAUACUUGCCAACAUAGCAGAUGGAACAACAGCAAAAGAACUCAUUAUGACAAAUGAUGACAUCUUGCAAAAAAUAAAGUACUACAUGAGUCAUUCGAAUGCUAAACUUCAGCUGGCUGCCAUGUUUUGUGUAUCUAAUCUUAUAUGGAAUGAAGAAGAAGGUUCCCAAGAUCGUCAAGAUAAACUCAGAGAUAUUGGAAUAGUAGAUAUUCUACACAAAUUAAGUCAGUCAUCAGAUCCAAAUCUUUGUGAUAAGGCAAAGACAGCACUCCAGCAGUAUCUUGCAUGAUCAAAGACAAGUUGGACUUUUCGUACAACUCUCAAAGCUAUAUAAUAAGGAAUAACAGGAAAUAGCCGCACCUAAUUCCUUAUCUUUUGCACAAGGCACCUUGGGCUGCAUUCUCUCAGGUGCAGGGAGCUGCUUGGCAGGAGCAGUUUAAGCGAUCAGGUCUCCAAUGCACUUGAGGACUUUAUUGAGGUAGUUCCGUUACUCAGAGGACUGUUCUGGGAUAAUGUUUUUCCUGAGCUACCUGAACUUUACUAGAACAAUCAGUGAUCUUUUUCCUUUGGGCCUACAAUUUUCUGCUUCUACCGCAGCCAGUGUAAGGCUGUGCGUCUGGGUGGGUGUGAUACCUCAGAGCUUUUGUUUUCUUUGUGUUUUUUCUACAGAUUUUCAAGGAUUAACCAUUCUUUGCUGUAUGGAAACUUUAAAGAAUUAUAUACGAUUUGAAUUGAAAAUGUUAUUUAAAAACAGUUUUGUCCCAUGGAAUUUAUUUUGAUCAGAUGAAUGUUUUUCAGUAAAGAAUAUGCAUUUGUUAAACCUCA